GUGACUUCUCUAACGGGGGAGAAGCUGUAGAGCGCAGACUGAACUCGCUGCACCUUUAGGAAGUAAUAACUACAAAGAUGACGAUAAAAUUCAUCCGAGAUCAUGGACAACAUUACCGCCCGAGAAUGGCCUGUUUGGCGAAGGUGGAGGCCAUGGUGUUGGAGAUGCAGGACUCCAAAUCUGGGGUGAAAUCGUCUGAACAGAAGCUGAACAUUACCUCCAUUCCUCAUGUCGUCACUGGUCAGGACAUUCUCGCCUGGAUUGCCAAUCAUAUGAAGGUGGAUGCUCAAGAGGCUCAAACUAUAGGCACCAUGCUGGUGGCGUAUGGGUUCAUCUACCCACUGCAGGACCACAAAAAGCUCAUCCUCAAACCGGAUGUAAGUCUGUACCGCUUUCAGACUCCUUACUUCUGGCCUGUUCAGAAAUGGAAGGCUGACAACACUGAUUACGCAAUUUACCUGGCAAAGAGAAACAUUCGGAAGAAGGGCACGCUGGAUGUGUAUGAGCAGGAGUACUACAAGAACCUUCACAAAUGGCUCAACCAUAAAUGGGACUUUAUCGUGAUGCAGGCCAAAGAGCAGUACAGGGCGGGCAAGGAGAGGAAUAAAGCAGAUCGGGUUGUGUUUGAUUGUCAAGAGAGAGCGUACUGGAUAGUGCAUCGGCCUCCACCUAGAACUCAUAGUGCUAUGGACUAUGGAGUGGAUCGUCUCAUUGACCCCAAUGCAGAAGAGAAUAAAACGUUUGACUACUACAGAAGAAUUAUCAUCUUCACACAGCAAGCCAUCAUGAGGUCAAAGGUCAAAUCCACAGUGUCCCUCGGAGCGAUCUUGAAGCACAUGACAACAUAUAAAGACCAUGACCCCUUCCUCGCCCCAUGCCUACCCAGCAACCCCUGGCAGACUGACGACAGCUCCUACUGGGACCUCAACAUGAGGAAUGUUGAAAUUCCCACAAAGAUGAGAGUGGAGCGCUGGUCCUUCAGCUUCUUCGAACUACUGAAUGACCCACGAGGACGAACUGACUUCAAAGUGUUCCUGAAGAAAGAGUUCAGCGGUGAGAACUUGGCCUUCUGGGAAGCUGCUGAGGAGAUGAAGUGGGGGACAGCAUCGUCCAUCUCUGAGAAAGCGCAGACUAUUUUCAAGACCUUUCUGGCCCCCGGAGCUCCACGCUGGAUCAACAUCGACGGCCGGACAAUGGGUCUGACGGUGAAGGGUUUGGAGCAUCCUCACCGCUAUGUCCUGGACGCUGCACAGACUCACAUCUUCAUGUUGAUGAAAAAGGACACUUUCUACCGAUAUCUGAAGUCUCCAGUUUAUAAGGACAUUCAGAAAAAGGCCCUUUCACCUGCUCCGCAUAACUUCACUCCUUCUCAGCUGGAGCAGAACGCUCAGAACCGCAAACCAGGGAUCAAUCCCAUCAUCAUCUGGCAACAGGAAGAGGAGGAGAGGGCCAAAGCAGCCGCCGCUGCCGGACCUAUUGACAUUAAAAAACUGAUGGCCAGCAAACUGGACCGUAAAUAGAGGUGUGAAGGCGGGAGCAGACAGAGCUUCAGGUUAACUAUCUGAAAUAGGUCAAAACAUCAGUAGUAAGUCUUAAAUAAGUAGUAAGAAAACCUCACACCUCUAACAUGGUAACUUUACUAAUGAAGGAAGAACCAUCUGUUAACGUAAUUAAAGAUAAUUGAAUGGUUUAAAAUUUUCUCAUGAUGUAAAAGGCAGCUGGUGUAAAAAGAAAUCAAAAGUGGGAGUUUUAUUGGUGAAACGUCCUGCCAAAAAUAUUUGUAUGAUUGUCUGGAGUUUGUGUGUGUAAUCAAAAAAUAAACAAAACCCAAAAGUUAAAACAUGUAUUUUAAUUACAUCAAUUUCCAUAUAAUUUAAAUACAUACAUCCAAUGUAAAAUGGUAUUAUAAUGUAUGUUUCUCCAUCAUGUUCAGUAAACCAGAAUGAAUUAAAUAAGGUUUAAAUUAGAAGCGCUUGCAGGAUUUAUGCAAUUCUUUUACAUGACAUUUAUGGAUUUCUAAAGAGUUAAUAGUACCUUCUGUAUUCACAGCACAAUUACGUAGACUGUGUAAAUGUAUUAAAUGAUAAAAUAUGUUAAAUUCAAACAUUUAUUGUAGUCCAGACUGUAUUGAACAAUAUUUCCUGAGUCACAUUACACGACGCAUGUAAUCUUUAAAGUCUAAUAUGAAAGAAAUAAACAGAACUUUAUAGAUUUCAGCUGUGAUCAAAUUCCCUGCUUUAGAAUUCCUGUUCACCCCCAGCUGAGCUACUAAUUAAGGCAAAUGUUUAUGGGCACAACAUUCCUAUUGAGGUGCAGCUCUCAUGCUAACCAUCAUGCAAGUUAGCAAGCUAACGCUAUCAGGCAAUUCAUGCCGUGCUAAUAUGUUGAGGUCA